UUUUCAUAGCUUCAAUUUUUGUAGUUUUAAUUUUUGGUUUAUUCGAUUUUUAAGACGGUUUGAUUCUAACCAAAAUCAAAUCAAACCAAUUCAAUUUCAGAAAAUUUCCUAGCUUCAGACAAUUUUUCGAAGACGGAUUCUUAAAAUGCCAAGAUUUCUUGUAAAUGAAUGUGUAAUAAGGAUGGUUGUCAAUCUUAACGUGUAAAUGACUUCCAAGGAUCUGAACUACGUGUAAAUGAGCUUCCAAGGAUCUGAACUAAGUACAUGUCAGUAUUUUGCUACAAGUUUGUCAUGUCAGUAAAAUUUUUGAAUUACAUUGAUAGAGAGCACACGUACACACACAAAAUAGAUCAAGUGCCUAUUACAAGAUAAUAUAUGUGAUUGAAGAAAUAUUGAGAGCAAAUGGAAAAGAUUAAACCAACUAUAUUACAGUCAUAAAUUCAAACAAAUAACAUGACAGAAAAGUAAAUUACUAUGGAGUAUUAAUUUACUUUUAUUUCAAUUAAAAUAAAACAACACAAGAUUAAAAAUAUAAGGAGUAAAUAGGGGAUUGAACAAUUCUCCCAAUGAUUUCCCAGAGGAUUAAAUUGUAAACAUAUAUUUAUCAAUGGCGGUUUGGCUAAUUCUUGAUCCAAACAAAGAGAGGUAGUUAGAAACCACUACAAAAUAGCAACAAAAGGAAAAAGUAAGCGAUGGAAGUCCUUGAAUUUCUCCAAACCUCAUAUACCCGUCUCUUCUCAACAUUAUAAAUUGAAACAUCAAAUGAUCAUUAAAAGAGAAUCAAGACAGCUAGGAACUUGGUGCCUCCUCCACAAAAGGAAGAGGUGCCUUUUAGCUCACUGUCUUCUUCGUCUCCUUGUCCUUGCAUUUGCAAUCAUUCAAUAAGAUCAUAAUAAAAAAGAAAAUACAAAAAAAAAUGGCUAUAUCAAAACGGUUAUUGUUGUUAGCUCUCCUCUCGUUAUUGAUUUCUUGUGCAGUCGGAGAAAAGACUAAAGGGGUUACCUAUGAUGCUCGUUCAAUGAUCGUCAAUGGGGAAAGAGAAUUGCUCUUUUCUGGCUCCAUUCAUUAUCCUCGUAUGCCUCCCGAGAUGUGGCCAGACAUCAUAAGGAAAGCUAAGGAAGGAGGUUUAAAUGUUAUCGAGACUUAUGUGUUCUGGAAUAUCCAUGAGCCCGUCCAAGGCCAGUUCAACUUCGAAGGAAACUAUGACUUGGUCAGGUUCAUCAAGGAGAUUGGCAGGCAGGACUUGUAUGCCACUCUCAGGAUCGGACCAUACAUCGAGGCUGAAUGGAAUCAAGGAGGAUUCCCAUACUGGCUAAGGGAGGUUCCAAAUAUCACAUUCCGCUCUUACAAUGAACCAUUCAUCCACCACAUGAAAAAGUACUCUGAAAUGAUCAUUGAAUUGAUGAAGAAGGAAAAGUUGUUUGCACCCCAAGGAGGUCCCAUCAUCAUGGCUCAAAUCGAAAAUGAGUACAACAAUGUUCAGCUAGCCUACAGAGAAAACGGAAGGAAAUACAUCGAGUGGGCUGCCAAAAUGGCUACUUCAUUAUACAAUGGAGUCCCUUGGAUCAUGUGUAAGCAAAAGGAUGCCCCUCCAGAAAUCAUCAACACAUGCAAUGGAAGGCAUUGUGCAGAUACUUUUAAAGGCCCCAAUGGUCCUAACAAACCUUCUCUAUGGACUGAAAAUUGGACUGCCCAAUAUAGGACAUUCGGAGACCCACCAUCACAAAGAGCAGCAGAAGAUAUUGCAUUCUCUGUAGCCCGUUUCUUUGCAAAGAACGGAACUCUUACAAACUAUUACAUGUACUAUGGUGGAACCAACUAUGGAAGAACAAGCUCGUCUUUCGUGACAACUCGUUACUAUGAUGAAGCUCCCCUUGAUGAAUUCGGUUUGUUAAGGGAACCAAAAUGGAGUCACUUGAGGGACUUGCACAGGGCUUUGAGGCUAUCCAGAAGGGCUCUCCUUUGGGGAACUCCCUCUGUACAAAAGAUCAAUGAAGAUCUUGAGAUUACAGUUUAUGAGAAGCCAGGAACUGAUUGCGCCGCCUUUUUAACCAACAACCACACAGCUAACACCGCCAUCAUCAAAUUCAGGGGUAAAGAAUAUUUCCUACCUGAGAAAUCCGUUAGCAUUCUCCCCGAUUGCAAGACUGUCGUCUACAACACUCAAACGGUUGUCUCCCAACACAAUUCAAGAAACUUCAUGACAUCAGAAAAGGCAAAGAAUCUUAAGUGGGAAAUGUACCAAGAAAAAGUCCCAACCAUCGCUGACUUGCCUCUUAAGAACAGGGUACCUUUGGAACUCUACACUUUGACAAAGGAUACCUCAGAUUAUGCUUGGUACAGUACAAGUAUCAACUUCGAUCGCCAUGACAUGCCCAUGAGGCCUGACAUCCUCCCUGUUCUACAAAUCGCAAGUAUGGGUCAUGCAUUGAGUGCCUAUGUUAAUGGCGAAUUCAUUGGGUUUGGACAUGGUACCAACAUCGAGAAGAGUUUCGUCUUCCAAAAGCCUAUCUCGUUGAAACCUGGAACUAACACCAUCACAAUUCUGGCAGAGACAGUUGGCUUCCCGAAUAGCGGAGCCUACAUGGAAAAGAGGUUUGCUGGACCCAGGGGUGUGACCAUUCAAGGUCUCAUGGCUGGAACCCUCGAUAUAACUCAAAACAACUGGGGACAUAAGGUAGGAGUAUUUGGAGAAAAGGAGGCAAUCUUUACUGAAGAGGGUUCAAAAAAAGUACAAUGGACUCCAGUAACUGGUCCUACCAAAGGAGCUGUUACAUGGUACAAGACCUACUUUAAUGCCCCCGAAGGCACCAACCCCUUGGCCCUGAAAAUGGACAAAAUGCAGAAGGGUAUGAUGUGGGUCAAUGGUAAAAGCAUUGGUCGUUAUUGGUCAUCCUUCCUUUCCCCUCUUGGACGGCCCACUCAAUCCGAGUAUCACAUUCCAAGAGCUUUCUUGAAACCAACUAACAAUCUCCUAGUCAUCUUCGAGGAAACCGGUGGUCUCCCAGAAACCAUUGAAAUCCAAACAGUAAACAGAGACACAAUUUGCAGUAUCAUCACCGAAUAUCAUCCUCCUCAUGUCAAAUCAUGGGAGAGAUCUGGCACUGAUUUCGCCUCGGUUGUGGAGGAUCUUAAGUCAGGAGCACACUUAAAUUGUCCAGACAACAAAAUCAUUGAGAAAGUCGAGUUUGCUAGCUAUGGUAAUCCAGAUGGCGCCUGUGGAAACUUGGUCGUUGGAAAUUGCAAUUCUGCCAGCAGUCUCAGAGUUGUAGAAGAAAAAUGCUUAGGGAAAAACUCAUGCAAAAUACCAAUUGAGAGAGAAGUUUACGACGAGCCGAGCAAGGACCCAUGCCCUAACAUCUUCAAGACUUUGGCUGUUCAAAUGAAGUGUGGGAAAAGGAAGUAAAGCUACAGGCUGAAAGUUGGCUACGACAUAUAAAAUGUACAUAAUAGAACUUCAUGCCCUUGUAUUCGCAACUUCAAUUUAUUUUUAUCUCAAAUAAAACCUCAAUUAUUUCAGCCA